CGCGCACAAGCAGAGCGCGAAGCCUCCCGCAAAGAACAAUCGUUAUCCGUGGAAUCCUUUUCAGCGACAAGGAAUUAAUUAUUUUUAAUAACAUCUGAAGAUUUUACAGUAAGUUCAAAUAUGUGAGAGUAUCGCAUUUUCAUGCUGAAAAGUGCUGAAGCGUUAGAGCGAAAUUCUGUGGAGAAAGCCAGUUGAAUGGAUAUAAACUUCGUACCUAAAGGCUAUUUUCACAAUAAUGUGAUUUAAAUGUAAAUACGUACGGGGAAAUGUUACAGACUAAAAAACCCCGGUAUUAACAAAGUUUGCUAAUACGCAAGCCAAUAUCUCUCAAUUUUAGAUUUACAUCGCAUAGAUAUAGCCUAUAGGAUGGGCUAUUUGUUGGUGUAGUUUAACAAAUAAAAUUAAAAGUGGGAUACAGACAAAUUUAUUUUUUGGACCAUCGACUAGGCUAUUCUGGAUAUUUGACCUGUAGCCUAUUAUAAUGCCAGUGCUAACUAGUCCGGAUAUUGCCGUAAAGUUUAAAGAGAAAUGGCUGUCUUUACAUCCCGAGGACCGGGACAGCUUUGGCGGCUUGGGAAACCUGGACGACAGUCUCACCAACCUUCAGUGGCUGCAGAACUUUUCCAUCCUCACGGCUCAACCGGAGAGGCACUCCACCUCCGGUCAUCGCCAUUCCCCAAACAUGCACCCGACGGACACGGAGUCCCCUUCCAGCCCUCCCGAAGGGGAUACAGCUGCGUCGGGUGUGCCGCAGACCUUAGGAAACCACAUAACAUCCAGCGCCACGGCUAAUGCGAGCUCCGGCGAUUACCACCAGCAAGCCACAAGGCACGUUUACCACCAUCACGUCAUUCGACAUUCCGAAGAGAUAGACUACAAGACAAACCACCGGGUGAAACCACCUUACUCCUACGCCACACUUAUUUGCAUGGCCAUGCGAGCGAGCAAAAAAACCAAGAUCACCCUGUCCGCCAUCUACAACUGGAUCACGGAGAACUUCUGUUACUACCGACACGCGGAGCCCAGCUGGCAGAACUCCAUUCGCCACAACCUGUCACUCAAUAAGUGCUUCAUGAAGGUGGCCAGAACAAAGGAUGAACCCGGCAAAGGUGGGUUUUGGAAAAUUGACCCUCAGUACGCCGACAUGUUUGUGGACGGGGUGUUUAAGCGCAGGAGGACCCACGUCGCAACUCACACUGCCCCCCAGAGGCGGCAGGGCAAGACGGCACCCCAGCACGGCCGCAGACGCAAGCACACCUCCCAAAAGUGGGUUGCGGGAACCCCCCUGCUGACACCCCAGCCCGAAGGGAGCGAGGCUUCGGAGGGUGUCCUGGACUGGACCUCCGGAUUCGAGGACAUUGUUUCCUGCAGCAGCAGCAGCGGUAACUUCGAAGACCUGGAUAUCAACAUGGCCCUGAAUGCCUUGGGCUGCGGGGUUGAAAUCUCCCUGCAAGGGCACCCCCUGGGGGCUGGGGGGAGGUGGUGCAGUGGGGGAGGGACCCUGGGGGCCGAGCCAGCCUGCAAGUACUCGGAGGUGAGCGACUCUGUGGGGGAACACCUCUGCCUACAGCAAGGCGUGGCCCAAACACACCCACCUUCCCACCCACUGCAGUACAAGGAGCUGACCUCAUUCCCCCAGAAGCAGCCACACCCCUGGGAGGAGUCAAGGGAGGAGCUCCAGCCCAUUGCCUUAGCUACAGACCAGUCCUUCGGCUGCUAUGAGGGGUUCUUCACAGAGACGGUACCCUGGGAGGGGGCAUGGGGUCUUACCUGUGACCUUUGACCUCUCCACAUACCCUGCCCCCUUUCGAAGGUCAGGAGACCUCACAGUUUCUAUUGUGCUAUGUUAGCAUCACAAAC